CACAGUACGCCUUCCAGCUCCGUCCAGUUCGGUGCGUAUGAGACGCUUGCGUCCGCUAGAAUUUGUCUUUUAGAGAGCGCAAGGAUAUUCCGGUGCUUGCAUUUCGGGCUCGCUCAGCGCGAUAACUCGCAGCCCCCUCUCCUCCCCACUAUCGAAGAACGGCGCGGCAGUCGUUCAUCGAUUCGUUAUCUUUUUGCUCGGUUUAACUCGUUUUAUAUCGCGCCCUUGACCCCCUUCACCGCUUCGGCGUCCCUCGGGAACUAGUAUUCGCGUUAUUCCAGGAGGAGAAAGCAAAAAAAAGGAGGGGGGAGGGAGGGGCAGGAAAGAAAUUGGCGGUGGGGUCCGGCCAAAGGUUCACGUCCGGCGUCUUGGUGCCUCGGACCACGUCGAUUGCGGGACUUCCGAGCCGAAAGGAGGAGGGCAGUGAUUAUCGACACCCUCGACGCCGUAAACAAUGGCGACCGCACGGGCCGGCGAAAGCAUCAGUGGGAGCAGAAUCAAGGGACCGGCUGCUCGUUUAUCGGCCGCUCUCGACAGAGCUGCAUCGGUCAGCGUGCAAUAUGUGCGGAGUACCGCGGGCGUCGUUGCGCGACCGGCCGACCACGCGGCGUCGUCGCCGCUGAUCGACGGCAUGGAACUGAGCGAUCGCACGGAGAGCUGCCGGCUCGCGGUGCCGGACGAGACGAGCCCGCUGCUGGCGUUCCCGGCGACCGGGGUCCGGCCGCGCCGCUGCUCGUCGCUGGGCAGCCGGGACGACGCGCCCGAGGCGGACGCCGAGGUCGUCGACGAGGAGAAGCCGCAGGUCUCGGCCAGACAGCUAUGGCUCCACCGCGCCAAGACCGGCGUGCUCAGCCUCGUCGUCGUGUUCGCCGUGGUGGUGAUGAGCUUCAUACCCGAGCUGACCGAGACGUGGACCAGCGUCGCGAUCAACGGAAACGAGUCGUACCUUCACAACCUGAGCCUGCUGCUGGAGCCGGGCCACCCCGUGGUGCGCGUUCGUGCUCGGGGCCCGUUCAUCUCCGAGGAGCUCGGCAACCUGUCCGGCCUGUGGACCGUGUUCACGCUCGAGGGCAGCGCAGAGCCUCCGGUCCGAGUGCCCACCGCGCCGCCGCCACUGCAGCCGACGCCAGUGCAGUGGGAGCACCUGUUUCCUCUGCCCAGGGACUCCGUCGCUCAGCGGCAGCCCCUGGGUGGCUACGCGCUGGAGGUGCACCUGGAGUCGUCAUCGGACGUGGCUAGCGUGCCGCAGGUAUCGCUCAGCGUGGACGUGAGUGCAUUCACUGAGCUCACGCAGCUCGGGCUGCUCAUGGGCGGAGCGGUGCUGCUGGGCCUGUACGUGCUCAUCGUGUUCGAGCUGGUGCACCGUACGCUGGCCGCCAUGCUGGCUGCCACGGCAGCCAUCGCGUGCCUCGCGCUCAUCGGGGACCGGCCAAGCCUCGCCAAGGUGAUGUCAUGGCUGGACGUGGAGACUCUCUGCCUGCUCUUCGGCAUGAUGGUGCUGGUGGCCAUUCUGUGCGAGACGGGCUUCUUCGACUACGCGGCCGUGGUCGCUUUCCGCGUGGCGCGCGGCCAGGUCUGGCCCCUGGUCACGACGCUGUGCGCCACCACGGCGCUUGUGUCCGCCUUCCUGGACAACGUCACCACCAUACUGCUCAUGACACCGGCCACCAUCAAGCUUUGCGAGGUGAUGGACCUGGACCCGAAGCUCAUCCUCAUCUGGCUGGUGAUAUUCUCGAACAUUGGCGGAGCCGCCACGCCCGUUGGCGACCCUCCGAACGUCAUCAUCAUCUCCAACCCGCAGGUCGCUGCCAUGGUGAGAGCGCGCGCGCACGCUUCUCUGCAUGCCCGGUGCGCAGGCCCGCCGGAACCAGUUCGCGCCGGUUCGGUGGCCCUCGCUGCUGCUGCUGCCGCCGCCGCAAACCGCCGGACAAACACAGAAAUUACGGAGCAUACACAAUGGGAGUCGGCGCUGUCCAGUUCACAGGAAGAGGUCCAAAGGGCCAUCAUCCGACAAGCAAGACGGUGCGCGGAAGCCAGUGGGGCCCUUGUCUAG